AACAUCCCGUCUGGCGAUUCCACGUGCGCCUACCGUCAUCAUGCUUGCAGAUUUGAGAACAGAGAAUCUCCUGGGCCCCAUGGCUGGUGGAUCUGAUGAGGAAAGUAGCGAUAACUUAGAAGAGGACAUAGAGGACGUAGAAGAAGAGGAGGAGGAGGAAGAAGAGGGAGACGACGAGGAAGAGGACGAGGCAGAAGGCGAGGGUGAUGGGGAAGAGGGAAACAUUUACGAAGAAUCUGAAGAGGAAGGAGAUGACUUGGAGGAAGAGGAGGUUGAGAACAGCGAGAACGAGGACGAGGAAGAUGAUUCAGACGACAACGAGGACGACGACGAGAACACGGGGGAACACAUAGAGGACGCAGGGGAUAAUGGUAACGACAUUGAAGAGAGUGCAGGAGAGGACGAUGACAAUGAUGAAGAUGACGAGGAACAAGAAGAGGACACCAAUAACGACGAAGAUCAACCAGAGCAUAGUGCAAGCCAACCGCAAGACAGCGAAGAUGACGAAGCAGAUGACUCCGACGAUGCCCCCGAGGAAGCCACACUCUCCAAGGGCAAGGAGAUAGCAGAAGGAGAAGAGGAGAAGAUGAAGAAGGAAAUCAUGAAGCUGAAGGACCAAGUGAAAGAGGCAAGAAAGAGAAAACUGGAGAGGAAUAAAGACCAGCAAGCAAAGAAGAGGCAACGUCUGCAGAAAUUGCAAGCGAAAAAGUUAUCAGAUGAACUCCUAGCACAAGUUGCAGCAGAGAGAGAAGCAGAAUUGCAGCAACAAUCAUUGCCUGCAGCACAGGGGAAGCACACCACAUUCGAAGACGACAUUGCAGAUGACAUUGGCACCAUGGAUGAGGAAGAGCAGAAGGAAGAUCUGGUGAUACCCCUGGAGCGCGGCGUCCAAGUCCGAGCAGUGAAAAGCGAAACCAAGAAAUCUCUUACCCUGGCAAAGCGUGCUGCUUCCUUCCGAGAAAAUGCCCUGUUUGGUAAAAAUGUCAAAAGAAUGUCAGCGAGAGACCAAAGAGCAAUGGUUAUCAAGCAAGAGAAAAGUGGGAAGAGCAAACUGGUGACAGUUUCUUGAGGCUCUACCCCUGUCCCUGACCCUCUGGAAGCUGGAAAGUUAUGUCACCCAAUACACAAUAUUUUUUUUUUUUUUUUUUUUUUUUUUUUUUUUUAAGGAUAGUUUUAUUUCCUUGGUAUAAGUAUGAAUGCUUGGUAUGUAAAAAAAAAAUAUGUUAUGAAUAUUAAUUUUACAGAUUUUUAUUUCUUCCUUUUUUUUCUUUAAAGAAAUGUAUCAUGUAUAUGAAAGAAAGAAAAAAAAUGGAUUUAGUGUUUG